AUGAAGGUUGUGUUUACAUUUUUCAAUCUUUUCUUUUUGGCUGGGACCGUUCUUUUAUUGAUAUUCACAGUAUUAUCUGGUUCAUCUAAACAUUUCCCAUUAAACAAAUUCUAUUGGCUUGAAGCCGACACUUCUGGUAUUAAGAAUGCUCCAGCUGAUAGAAGUGCUUGGACAUUCUGGGGGGUCUGUGAUAAGGCCGAUUAUUCCAAUUGUUUAUUAGGACCAGCUUAUCCACUUUCUCCAGAAGAUAAUUUUGGUACCACCGACAAUAUUCCAACAGAUUUCAUUGAUAAUGAAAACACUUAUUAUUAUUUAAGUAGAUUUGCCUUUGCCUUUUGUCUUAUUGCCCUUGCAUUCAGUGGAUUGGCCUUUAUUAUUGACAUAUUAGGAUUCUGUUUUGAAAUCAUUGAUAAAGUUGUCAUCUUUUUGAUUACCAUUGGUUUAUUAUUUUUGGCUGGAUUUGCUUCCAUGCAAACUGCUGUUGUUGUUUUGGCCAAGAAUGCUUUCAAAAAUGACAACAAAUAUGCUCAUAUUGGAGCCAAAUCAAUGGGUAUUAUGUGGGCUGCAUUUGCUUGUUUACUUAUUUGUUGGUUAUUGAUUUUUGCUGGUACCAUUUCUAAUUCUUAUAAAAAACACAUUGCUAGAGUCAAAGCUGAACAAGGAAACUAUUCUCAACCAACUCAUGGACCAGCUGGUGAUGAAUCUUCAUUUACUAGAGCUGCCCCACCAACCAAAGAAGAUGAAAAUACUGGCGGUAUUAGAUUCUUCAAAAUUAAAAGAAACCAAAAAGUUUCCGAUGAUGAAUCAGUAUAA